UUUGGAAAUCUCCAAUGUCAACAAUUGAACCAGUGCCAGUAGUGGGUUGUGCACUAUUAUAAUAUGCACAUAUGUGACAAGAUUUUGAUUUAAUCAAUUUCGUUACUAGUACAGUGGUUUGAAGUAGAAGAAUGUCCCAGAGUUAGCUUUGUAAUGGGAUCAGGACCUUCCAGGGAUGGUAAAACGGUUAAAGUAGAAACAUCUGCCACCACCAUCAGUGUUAUACCGUCUCCCAACACAUUUAAAAUCACUGAAAAAAACACAGUAAUUGUGGCUAAAAAUUCAAAGGAAAAGAAUGAAGAUGAAACAAUAAAUUCGAAAGCUGAUAUGAAGGGAAGCAAUGAAAACACUGAUGAUCAAAAAGAUGACAAAACCAAUACAGCUGCAUCUGGUGAGGAUACUAAAGUCUCAAAAAUAUUGGAUGACACUGGAAACCAGAAAAAGCAAACCCCCAACUCCCAGAAUGCACCAGAGAACCUAGAAAAUGAUGUCAAUGAAGAACAAGGUCAGGAAGGAGAAGAAAAGGUGUCAAAAGAGGAACAUGAAGCAUACACAGAUCAGCAGAUUCAAGCUAUCAAAACCAAGACAUUGAAAUCUUUGGAAACCAACCUUGCUAUUCUCUCAGACAUUGAAGGACAUUUGACGGAAAAUGGGACAUUUGAUGGGACUUUAAAAAAGGCAACAUUUAAUUUGCAAAAAUGUCACUUCGCUUUGAAGAAAGCUAGUUUAGAUAUUUAUAACAAAUUCAAAACAGAACAAGGAUCUGUUAUUGCUGAGCUUGGUGGUGUGAAAACUAUUUGUGAUAUGGUAGUCUACUGUUUAAGGAAAGGUUACUAUGGAGAGACAGAUAAGUUAAUUCAGAGUGUCUGGAUACCACUCGUCAACUCAGCCAUUGUGUUGUUGAACUUCACUGACAGUAACCCAAAGUUUGUACAUUUGCUAGUGGAGCAUACAGACUUCCUACCUCAGGUCUGUGAAACUUUGCAGGCUCUACGAGAAAGUCAUUUGGAGGGUAAUAUACGGGAAAAGGAUGACAAAAUCAUGGGAUUUUUCUUGUCGAUCCUCCACAACAUAGCCCAGGCAGAAAAUAGUAUAUCAGAACUGAGAGAAUAUGGCUUUGUGGAGGUGUUGAUGCCUUAUCUUAAAUCAAAGUCAGAAAAAAUACUAUUGUCAACUCUGGCCACCCUAGCAGAUUUAGUGGAUGAAUCUGAAGCCAAGUGUUUAGAGAGAGAUGGAGAGUUCUUCACUUUUCUGUUGAAAUGUUUGAAGUCUGCAAUGAAAGACAGACAUAGAAGAUGUAAAGGCUGGUCUGCCCGUGAAUUAGGAAGAACUGUGAGAAGGAUUGCCAGGAAUGAUGUCAACAAAAAGUCAUUAGUGUCCCAAGGCUCUCUACCAGUGCUAGUGGCCCUGGCUCAGUCCAAUUACGAGGAGGAACAGAUAGAGGCUAUGGGAGCACUGUGGACACUGUCAUUUGACAAGGAAAACCAGGAUGUCAUGCUACAGGAUGAUGCAGUGAUGAAGAAUUUCAUCAACCUCCGCACAUCACCAAUACAGAGAAUCAAGAAUGCCUGUAAUGGAGCCUUGUGGAACAUGAGAGAGAAGCUCAGUUCAGAAGACAAGUACAAGGAACUAGGCAGUGAAUACAAAAGAGACGAAAAGGAAGUUACAUCAUAUUCUUCUGCUUCUCCUGGAGGCCAAAGAGGUCAUGUGAUGAUCAGCUACCAAUGGGCCAAUCAGAAAAUUAUCACGAAGAUUCGAGACAGUCUGCAGCAGAACGGAAUCACAUGCUGGAUGGACAUAGACGAUAUGCAAGGUUCCACUCUGAAUGCCAUGGCUCAAGCUGUGGAGAAGGCGGACAUUAUUUUGAUCUGUUACUCAAAGAAAUACUAUGACAGCCCUAAUUGUAGAGCAGAAGCAGAGUAUGCAUUUCAACUAAGAAAACCUAUAAUUCCAUUAAAAAUGGAGAGAAAUUACCAAGCUAGAGAGUGGCUGGGUUUCAUCAUUGGUUCAAAAUUGUUUUUUGAGUUCACUGAAAAGUACCCAUUUGAGAGCAAAAUGAGUGCUUUAGUGAAGGAGGUCCUGACCCGACAGAAAAGGUCUGUUCCUGAGAAACCUAUCAUUCCUCAGAUCGCCACACUCCAUACAGAGAAGACACCAGAGACCAGUGGUGGGAAGACAAAGACCAGGGUUCAGGCAUCCGAGGUAGUAAAGAACUGGACAGAGAGCGACGUCCUCAGAUGGACAAAUCACCACAAACUGCCCAGCUCAAAGUUUUCUAAGCUGACCGGGGUUGAGAUAGCCUUUCUUCAGGUUCUGAGACAGGAGUCCCCAGAUCACUUCUACAAAAUUCUGAAUGAUAUGCUUAAAAUUAAAGACCUACCAACAUUGGCCCAAUUCACUUUUGCUUUGGAGGACACAGUAGUGUAGGUACUGGUGGAUUUACACAGGGUCAUCAUCAGUGACAGAUCCUUGUUUGAACAUGUACAUGUACUGUUUAUAUAUGUAAUGUCCAUCAUUUCCUUUGAAAGCACACAAUAUUGUAAAUCAAUUCAGCAGAAAUAUAUACAUGUACCCACUAUUUUGCAGUAUGUAGCAGUAUAAGACCUGUAAAUGUGUUACUAUUAGCUGCAUAUUCUGCCAUUUAGAGGAAGUUUUACUUUAUCAAAUUAUCAGGUACACUACUUUUAAUCAGGCACAUGCUUGUGACGGAAAAGGUCACAUGAUUUCUUUUAAGUGUACUUUCCCACCUCAGUAAUGUUUGUUUGCAAAUAAGAGAUUCAAAUUGAAAAUAUUUUUGAAGAAAAUUAGUGAGAUGAUUCAAAGACUUGUUGUUUAACUAAAUCAGCUAAUUUGUCAUAUGUAGGAAAACAUAUAAGUUUUCUUGUGUAUAGGUAUAAAAUAUAUACCAACAUUGUGGACCAUACAGCAAUAUCAUCUAUACAUAAAUUUACUUCGGUAGCUCCUAAAAUUAAAUACAUAUGACAUUACUGAGAUUUCAAGAUGAAUGUUACAUGUGUGAUACCGUAAAUGUAAUAUAUGAUAUUUAUGAGGGACAACAGCUUUCAGUGAUUUAGCUGCACAGAUUUAAUUGUCUGCUUUAUCAUACAUGUACAAAGUUCUAAUACACGUAACUUAAAUUAGAUGUUAGCAAUCUGAGUAAAUUAGGUAUGUGACUGUUGGACACAAUUGUUAUUAGUAUCAUGUUUUACGUGUGAUGGACAUACAUGUAGAUAGUAACUGGAUUUAAACAUGUUUAUAUUUUACCCAAAUGGUCAGCAAAUAAUCUGAGCAUGAAAUGAAAGUCUGAGCCAAACUCCAUUUCACUCUUUCGACUGCAAUCAUGUACUUUUGUUCAGAGUCGUACUUCACAUGCACAGGUAUCUGGUCAUUAAAACAUCUUCUUUGAAAAACCACUGGGCCAAAAAAGUUUAAAUUUACAAGAAAGUUUCCUGGCAUAGUGCAGAUUCAAGUAUGUUCAAAUCAUGGCCCCAGUGGUAGGGUGGGUCCGCAAAAAGGGGAUAAUUUUUUUUACAUGGGAUACACAGGAAAAAUCUUUUAUCUCAAUAACAGCUGCAGGGCUAUCAUUAGUGAUAUUGAUAUGCAAGUAUCCCCAGGUAGUGCAAAUUCAAAUUUACAUGUUCAAAUCAUGAACCCCAAGAUUAGGUUGGGACCAGAAUAGGGGAUCAAAAUUUUACAUAAGAAUUUGUAAAGAAUCAUUAAAUAUUGUCUUCUCAAGAAUAACAGUGCCAUGAUUAGUCAUAUCAAUAUGCAGGCAUUCCCAGGUAAUGCAGAUUCAAGUUUGUUCAAGUUGUCGCCCCCAGGGAUUGGGUGGGGCCACAAUAGGGAAUCAAUAAUUAUAAUACUCCUACCGUGUCUUAACCUUAACUUGCAUUCAAACUUCAGUAUAAUUCCCUUAUAAUCUCUCAAUGAUAUUUAACAUACAUGUACACAUUAUUUAGACUGUAUGUAACUUGAUGUUUAUUAACUAUAAAACUUUAGGAUAGUAGCAACAGUAUAUAAAUAGCUAUAGUAUACAUAUCUCAGAUUGCAAAUGUUUUAUUAUAUAUAUAUAAUAUAUUUCUUAUGGCAAGACCUUACAUUUCAUACCAUGAUCUGUGAUCUUAUGUCACGUGUGACCGGUUGAAGUUUGGUUGGGACCUCAAUAUGGGGUCAAAAUUUUCAUGGGAGUAAACAUUGAAAAAAAAUCACAAUAGCAGGGCUAAGGCGACUCAGGUUAGCGAUAUGGCCAUGGGCCUAUUUUCUUAAGAAAGAGUUCUCAGGUUUUAAAUUAUGAAGCGAUUUAAAAGUGUAAUCGGCAUACUAUUUGCUUGAAAAUCAUCCUGAUCAGAGCUUAGAACUUGUAUUUUUAUAGUGCUUUUUUAAAAUGUUCAUAAUGAUUUGUACUUGUGCCAUAUGCUAUAAAGAGAAGAUUAUAAUACUCGUAUUAAUGUGUGCUCUUUUGGAUAACUUUUAAAAGUUAUCUAUCAAAUUAGAAGAUUUCAUGUAUAUGGGACUAUUUUUCAGUACAGCAAUAUGAAUCUUACGGUUUACUAUAUUUGUUUUUUAUAUGUUUAUUACACUCCACAGCACCACUAUAGAUGACACGUGUUAAAUAUCACUACAGAUGACACGUGUUAAAUAUCACUACAGAUGACACGUGUUAAAUAUCACUACAUAUUUCAUGUGUUAAAUAUCACUACAGAUGACAGGUGUUAAAUAUCACUACAGAUGACAGGUGUUAAAUAUCACUACAGAUGACACGUGUUAAAUAUCACUACAGAUGACACGUGUUAAAUAUCAUUACAUAUUUCAUGUGUUAAAUAUCACUACAGAUGACACGUGUUAAAUAUCACUACAGAUGACACGUGUUAAAUAUCACUACAGAUGACACGUGUUAAAUAUCACUACAGAUGACACGUGUUAAAUAUGUCCUGCGCCUCUCAUUUGUACAGGUUAGCAUUUGUAUGCACUUGUGGGUCUUUUCAAUGGUUAUAAUAAGAAAUUGAGGAGGUUCAAUCAUAACACAUAUUUUAUUAUUAGGCAUUUGUGUAAAUUUUAGUUUUUGUCUGUAAUAUAAUUAUUUGUUUGUCAUAGUAUUAUUCAUGAUUAUAAUCAUAUUUGAAAAUAUGUUUUAAUGAAAUAAACUAGUAGUCAGUUAGAAA